AUGAAGACAGCACAACAAAAAAGCAUGCUGGUCUGUGGCGUGCUCUUCUUACUGUGCCAGGUGGCACAUGUUGGGGCUAUGGACACGUAUAUUGGGGAAGUGAUGAUUGAAGGAAAUGCAACCAUGGACAUAUCUGGAUUUGUGUCUGAAUUCAUAAGCCUCGCCACAGGCACUGCAACCAUUGUGGAUGCUGAGCUAAUAGGCGCCUGUGAAAUCGUUGGCGACGAGGUAACGUGUUGGUGUGAGAAUGAAAACAUCUGGAGUGACCUGGUGUGUGAUACUGUAAGCACCUGCUGCAAUGUCCAGAAGUGUGUGGCAAAUGUUUCUGAUUUCACACCAAUGUGUGUUCCUAAAGCAAAUGUCACCAUCAAUGGAAUCAUCAUGAUGUCAUCGAUCGUCAACGUUCAGACCAAGGCCACUGGUCAGACCUUUUCAGUGACUCUCAAUGCCACAUUUAUGACCAACAAAGUUCAAGGCAUUCUUGACAGGCUGAAGACUGCUUUUUUACAAAUUACAGAAAUUAAUGCCACGUCAACAGGAAUGGUGAAAAUCGAAGUGCCUCCUGGGAAAGUCUGCUACAAUUCACAGUACAUGUUGAACUGCAGCAUGGUGGAGGUACAGGAGACCUGCACGUGGCUGAUUGCCUACCCUGGCCAGUAUCCACGAACAAUCGGACUUGGGACUGAAGUUGAACAGCAACCCUGUUCGAAUACAUCAGCAGUCAGCCUUCUGAACAUAACAGGGAUUUGGUCAGGAACAUAUACCUGCCUACUUACCAAUGGAACCGUGUCCCAUUCAGCUUCUGCGGACGUAAUUGUUGCUCUCUUGCCAGAAAUCGUUAAUCUGACAAGUCAGCCACCAACUAUAGAUUGUUCUGUGAAUCCAUCUGCUUCCAUUGUUUUAACAUGUGCCAUCUAUCCAAGCACAGAGACGUACAUCGUUACAAUAAAUGACCAACCAACAACUGUUGCAGUGAACAGCACUGUAGUCAACUACACCUUCACUACUACGAUCAACUGUCUAACAGAAGCAGCAGUGUCAAUCCCGGCUCUUUGUAAAAUUGGAAACAGUCUGAACCAGGUCAAAGCUGCCAAUAUAAGUAUACCAAUAAUACACCCUGGUGACCUUUUCUGUGAUGUAAAUGGCACAUGGCCCAAAACCAAGGCUGGGGAAAAAGCAGUAGUUCCCUGUGAUAUAACAGGGAGAAUAGGAACAAUGGAACGAGUUUGCAAUGGAUCAACAUGGCUAGAACCAGAUAUUCUUUGCACUAAAGCAAUGCUGAAUGUUUUGUUGUCUUCAUCAUCAGAUUUUGAGAAAGGAGUUGGGGCCACACAAGAAGGUGCAUGUAGCAUUUUUGAGUCUCUGAAGAAUAACACUGCAUCUCAGAACACCUAUGGUGAUGUAACAGCCACAGUUAAUGUUCUCCUAUCAAUGAGCCGUGCAUCUGGCAAAGUCGUGCUGUAUGAAUCACUACUGCCAAAUUUCAUCGAGUCUGCAAGCAACGUGUUGAACAUAACCUGGAAGUCAGGAGAUCCAAAGCGUGACAUAAACAUGGCUACAUCAUAUCUGACGUCUGUGGAGGACCUGGUUAAAAACAUUCAGCUAAAUAACAGUGAUGGCCACAAUUCCUCAAACAUCCAACUUCAAGUCUGCCGUAAAACUUCAGUCUGCAAUAAGACUGUUUUUAAUGUGGAGAUGGAGCUGAACUCAACUUCAUCGAUGGUAAAAACAAUGGGAAUACAGAACAUGGCAACAAGGCUUCCGAAAGGAGUUUAUGAACACGCAACAUUUCCAUCCAUAGUUGUCACCGCUGUGGUUGAGAAUGACACCAACCCUGUAAACAUCAGAAUGGCUUAUCCACUGAUGCCAAAUGACACACUCGAAGGCAACACUGAACCGACCUGUAUAUUCUGGAAUGUCACUGAAAAACGGUGGUCAACUGAUGGCUGUGUCCUAGUAAAGAGUUCUGACAACAUGAGCUAUUGUGAGUGUGAUCACCUGACCUCUUUCUCACAGUUGCUUUCCAAGACUCCAGUUCACCUGCCUUUCAUUGACCAGAUUACUUACAUUGGGCUGGGAGUCUCCAUCUGCUCUCUGAUAGUCUUCAUCCUCAUCGAGUUUCUGGUCUGGAAGACUGUCGUCAAGUCCAACCUCUCAUUCUGCCGUCACAUCUCCCUGGUUAACAUUGCCGUGUGUCUUCUGCUGGCCGACUGCAGUUUUGUUGCCUCGUCCUUCCCCAACAUCCUCAAUGACACUUUGUGCCUGGUGCUGGUGUUCGCAAAGCAUUUCUUCUUCCUGGCCAUGUUCUUCUGGAUGCUUUGCUUGAGCAUCAUGUUGGUCCGACAGCUCAUUUUUGUCUUCUCUACACUGAGUAAAAAGAUCUUCAUUGUUGUCGCCAUCAUUAUUGGGUACAUUUGUCCAACAAUAAUAGUGGUAGCAACCUACUGCUCCUACCUCAAGACCACUGAUGUGAAAUACCACAGCCGAGCUACCUGCUGGCUGACAUACGUAUCACCAAUGAAAGGGUCCAUCUAUGCUUUCCUCAUCCCGAUCUUUAUCAUUGUGUUUAUUAAUAUCAUCUCAAUUGUGGUGGUCAUUUCAACUCUCCUGAAACCCUCUGAAACUGAUAAUAGCAAAAAGUAUGACAAAGAGGCAGCUAAGAGUAUCCUCAAAGUCAUUGUUUUCCUAACCCCAGUCUUUGGUGGCACGUGGAUUUUGGGUCUCUUUAUCUUCCUGAUGGACGAUAACAUGGCUAUCAAAAUCUUAAUCCAUUACUCCUUCACCAUUUUUAACUCCUUACAGGGAUUCUUCAUUUUGCUGACAGGGUGCUUUGGAGAAAAACGAGUACGAGAUGAAAUUGUGAGACUUGUUAAUCCUUCGAAGGCAAAAAGUGAAAGCAAGACGACACUGACAUCUAAUGCAAAGUAA